CUGAGUUUAAUCCCUGGUACCAAAAAAAUAUAUAUUCAGUCUGCAUUUAGAUAUUUUAAGACUUGUUAUAAAGUGAGUACAUUUUUAUGUAAACAUACCAGUAUUCACUAAUCAGUUUAUAAACUCUUAUCUCAGAAUGACAUACCACAACUGUAAAUUUCACUUAAGUUUAUGCUGUUUCAGUGAGGUGUGCUUACCUUGUGCUCCGUGUGUAUCCUUCUUCUACACACUCCUUGUAAUGAACUCUGCUACUGUAGGGACCUUAACCACUACUGAAAGCACACAAAACAAGUAUUUCUAGUUUUCACACUUUUCCAUUUUCCAUUUAGAGUCCAGACUUUCUUGAAGAGAGUUCAUAAUUUAAUAGUAUUCCUUUUCUAUUUUUGAACAUGUCUUCCACACCUGGUGCAUUUUUUCCAACAACUCUUCUCUUGGAGCAUCUGCAACAGAUGACUGGCACAGCCAGAGCUUUGUAUAUACCAGGUAUAGGUUUACAGGCCUGCUGGUUAAAAAUACCCUGCCCUCUUUUUCAGUGUCUUUCUUUGGAUGGUGCCAGGACGCAGACAUUACACUUUUGUAUUGGUACCAAUCCGAAGUGAUUUCUGUAGGAUUGCAGUCAUCAUUUCAUGUGCGAUUAUGUUUGAACGAGAAUAAAUUCUGGUGAGGUUGCCAGUGAGUAUUGGGAAGAAUGAAAGCUCUUCAGCUGACAUUUGCAUAGUAUCCAUCAAUUGUUAAAAGCAAGCCUUUUUAUCAAUUUUUUUAGUCAGUACUGGAGAUUGAACCCAGAGCCUGUCAAAUGCCAGGCAAGCACUGCAGCACUGAGCUACACCCUCAGCUGUUUUUAUUUCGAGACAGGGUCUUGCUAAGUUGCCCGGGCUGGCCUGACACUUGCAAUCCUCCUGCUUCAGCUUCCUGAGUAGCUAGGAUUAUAGGUGUGUACCACCAUGUCCAGGCCAUUAUCAAGUUUCUGAUCAGUUUUUUGUUGUUGUUGUUUUUUUUCAAAUUUGUCUGUCUGGUGUUUGUUUUUUGCUUUCAGACAAGAUCUUGCUAAAUUGUCCAGGCUGAUCUUAAACUUACAAUUCUGCCUCAGCAGCCCAAGUGCUGGCGUUGCAGAUGUGAGACACCACAUCUUUUGUUUAAGUAAUUAUUUCAAAUAAAUCAUUUUUCCUUAAACUAAAAAUGAAUGCUCCAGAAAGAGCCACAGGUGGGGGUAGAGGCCAGGAAGGAAUUGUGCUGUCUGGCUGUGUAUAAGAAAAAUAUGUUGUAUUUCCAGGUUUUAAAACAUGUUUAAUUCUUCCCUGCUUGAAUUCUGUUACCUUUAGGCUUUUAAAGUGUUUCCCAAAUUGUGUGGUAGUUUUGUAGAAUUUUUCACAUUCUUUUUCAGGCUAAUAAAAUCCUCUUAUCUAGUGCCUUUUGAGAAAUCUAGACCCUUUUAUAGAUACUAAGUAUCAAAGAAAAGCUAUAAGCAUUUAAUAAUUGUGCUUUGUUUACUUUAACUCUUUAUUUAGAUCUUCUUGUACCUUAUAAAUUCUUUUUUUUUUUGGUACCAGGGAUCGAACUCGGGUCCUUGUGCUUGUGCAGCAGGUGGCGAAACCACUGAGCUAAAUCCCCGGCCCUGUACCUUAUAAAUUCUUAUAGAAGGGCUUCAAGCUCUUCAUGUGAUACUUUCAGUCCAGAACUUUGCUACAUAGGGUAAAUCCUUUGCUGAGCUUCUUAGGAAAGAAAAGAUAGCUCCAAUACCUUAGUAUUUAAAUCAUACCAAAAGUAUUGUCUUAGUAAGUCAUUAACAUACAUAAAUAGAGCCUGAAUUUUAUGUAUGUCACAUGUGCCUUUUUUCUCUCUUUUGCUGUGAUACCACCUGGGAAAAUCCAGAAGAUUGGAUAACCAAGAAAUGACUAAUCAAGAGUCUGCUGUACAUAUGAAAAUGAUGCCAGAAUUCCAGAGAAGUUCGGUUCGCAUCAAGAACCCCACAAGAGUAGAAGAAAUUAUCUGUGGUCUUAUCAAAGGAGGAGCUGCCAAACUUCAGAUAAUAACAGACUUUGAUAUGACACUAAGCAGAUUUUCCUACAAAGGGAAAAGAUGCCCCACAUGUCACAAUGUCAUUGAUAAUUGUAAGCUGGUUACAGAUGAAUGUCGAAAAAAGUUACUGCAGCUGAAGGAGCAGUAUUACGCUAUCGAGGUGGACCCUGUGCUUACUGUGGAGGAGAAGUACCCUCACAUGGUAGAAUGGUAUACAAAGUCACACGGUUUGCUUGUUGAGCAAGGUAUACCAAAAGCUAAACUCAAGGAAAUUGUGGCAGAAUCUGAUGUUAUGCUCAAGGAAGGGUACGAGAAUUUCUUUGAUAAGCUCCAACAGCACAGUAUCCCUGUGUUUAUAUUUUCGGCGGGUAUCGGUGAUGUUCUAGAGGAAGUUAUUCGUCAAGCUGGAGUUUAUCAUCCAAAUGUUAAAGUCGUGUCCAAUUUCAUGGAUUUUGAUGAAAAUGGGAUGCUCAAAGGAUUUAAGGGAGAACUAAUUCAUGUAUUCAACAAACACGACGGUGCCCUGAAGAACACAGACUAUUUCAGCCAGCUAAAAGACAACAGCAACAUAAUUCUGCUGGGAGACUCCCAAGGGGACUUGCGAAUGGCAGAUGGGGUGGCCAAUGUUGAGCACAUUCUGAAAAUUGGCUAUCUAAAUGAUAGGGUAGACGAGCUAUUGGAAAAGUACAUGGACGCUUACGAUAUUGUCUUAGUAAAAGACGAGUCACUGGAGGUGGCCAACUCCAUUCUGCAGAAGGUUCUGUAGCAGGUGUGUGUGGAAGGGCCUGGCUCCUGGGCCGCUCGGCUCCUUCCUGGCGAAGACUUAUUUAUGUGGUUCUUGGCGUUGACGUCUCCUGCACGCAGUGAAGUGUUGUCCGACGCAGAGCAGCCAUCAACUGGAAACCCCUCUCCCACCAUUCAGUACACUCCUCGUCAUGUUUUUUUUUUUUUUUGUACCGGGGAUCGAACUCGGGUCCUUGCGCCUGCAAGCCAGGCGGCAGAACCACUGAGCUAAAUCCCCAGCCCUCGUCAUGUUUUUUAAUCACUUAAAAAAAGAAGCUUUACAGCCAGAAUUAGAAGUUAACUUUCGGGCCAGGGAUUUAGCUCAGUGUUUCUGCCACCUGCCUUGCAACCACAAGGACCCGAGUUCGAUCCCUGGUACCAAAAAAAAAAAAGAAGUUAACUUCCUACUUUUCCAAGGUGAAUUUUGUAGUUAUCAUGCAUUUUUUGAGGUUUUUUUUACAACAGGAACAUUUGUAGAAGUUUAAAGUGUUUUAUGAAAUGGUGAAAUAAUGUGCAUGAUUUUAAGGAUUGCCGCAUUUGUAAUUUGGGUGGAUUAUGCCAGUGUUCUCACCAUCUCCCAAACUGUAUGACACGUGGUGAUUCCGCCUGGGAAAAUCAAGACUGGGCGUCCACACCCGCGAUGUCAGAGCACUGAUAAUAAACAUGAGAUGAACCUUUUAAA